UUCAGCGAAGGAAGGGCGGGGCAUCUACCGCAUUUCGUGAACUAGGCAAUUGGGAUGCCGUAGCUCCACCCCCACCCUCCUUUCCAAGGAAGGUUUAGCUUUUCAGCCUCACUCGGCUAGCUGCGGAGAACUACAGGACGGUGGGCAGAAAGCACUCAAGAAAUGGGGUCGAUAACCUGGAUGGGGGGGAUGGGAAAGAUAAGGGAAUCGGAAGAGGGCGGAGCUUCAUUUUCGAGUUCCGGAAUUCCCGGAAGUGACCUUUUCCCUGAGUUAACAUAGAGGCUUUGGCUUCAAUUGCCAUCACCUCUUGUCCAAUGGAGCUGGGCUUUAGCAAUGAAUCACUAGGUGGACGGGGUGGUGCCAAUCUGAUGCAACACAUGGGAACUGGGGUUAUCCGGGAAGAUACAAUCGCUGCUGCACGCUCUGGGUUUGGUUCGAGGCUGGGCAGAAAUGGCUCUGGAGGUUACCCACGCGGUGGCCGGGCUCGGACUGGCAGAACUCUAUGUCUCAGAUCGAGAGGGAAGUGAUGCAACUGGUGAUGGAACAAAAGAUAAACCUUUUAAAACAGGUUUAAAGGCUUUGAUGACAGCAGGAAAGGAACCAUUUCCUACCAUUUAUGUGGAUUCACAAAAAGAAAAUGAGAGAUGGGAUGUUAUUUCCAAAUCACAACUGAAGAACAUUAAAAAAAUAUGGCACAGGGAACGAAUGAAGAAUGAAUCUCGAGAACAAAGAGAGGCAGAAGACAAUUUAAGACGAGAAAGAAACCUAGAAGAAGCAAAGAAAAUUUCCAUUAAACAAGAUCCAAGUCUUCCAGAGGCAAAAUGUGUAAAGAUUUGUGCUUUAGAAGCCCAUCGAGGCCAACGUGUGAAGGUGUUUGGUUGGGUCCAUAGGUUACGUAGGCAAGGGAAGAAUUUAAUGUUUCUUAUAUUAAGAGAUGGCACGGGAUAUCUUCAAUGUGUCUUGUCAGAUGAACUGUGUCAGUGUUACAAUGGAGUGGUUUUGUCUACAGAAAGUAGUGUUGCAGUAUAUGGAACACUCAAUCUUACACCUGAAGGCAAGCAGGCACCAGGAGGCCAUGAAUUAAGCUGUGACUAUUGGGAAUUGAUUGGCUUAGCCCCUGCUGGAGGAGCUGAUAACCUGAUAAAUGAAGAGUCUGAUGUAGAUGUUCAGCUUAACAAUCGGCAUAUGAUGAUCCGAGGAGAGAAUAUGUCCAAAAUAUUGAAAGUUCGUUCAGUGGUCACUGGAUGCUUUAGAGAUCACUUUUUUGAUAGGGGAUACUAUGAAAUCACUCCUCCAACAUUAGUACAGACACAGGUGGAAGGUGGUGCCACACUUUUCAAACUUGACUAUUUUGGAGAAGAUGCAUUUUUAACUCAAUCAUCACAGCUAUAUUUGGAAACAUGUAUCCCAGCUUUAGGAGAUGUCUUUUGUAUUGCUCAGUCAUACAGAGCAGAACAGUCUAGGACUCGAAGACACCUAGCAGAAUACACUCACAUUGAAGCUGAGUGCCCUUUCCUGACUUUUGAUGAUCUCCUAAACCGUUUGGAAGACUUGGUUUGUGAUGUAGUAGACAGGAUCUUGAAAUCACCUGCAGCAAGCUUAUUAUAUGAUCUCAAUCCGACCUUCACCCCACCCAAAAGACCUUUCAAGCGGAUGAACUACUCAGAUGCCAUUGUGUGGCUAAAAGAACAUGAUGUAAAGAAAGAGGAUGGUACCUAUUAUGAAUUUGGAGAGGAUAUCCCAGAAGCCCCUGAGAGACUGAUGACAGACACCAUUAAUGAACCAAUCUUGCUGUGUCGAUUUCCUGUAGAGAUCAAGUCCUUCUAUAUGCAGCGAUGUCCUGAGGAUUCCCGGCUUACUGAAUCUGUAGAUGUGUUGAUGCCAAAUGUUGGUGAGAUUGUGGGAGGUUCCAUGCGUAUCUGGGAUGGUGAAGAACUACUAAAGGGAUAUAAAAGAGAAGAAAUUGAUCCCACUCCCUACUACUGGUACACUGACCAGAGAAAAUAUGGUACAUGCCCUCAUGGAGGAUAUGGCUUGGGUUUGGAACGAUUCUUAACUUGGAUUUUGAACAGAUAUCACAUCCGAGAUGUAUGCCUGUACCCACGCUUCGUCCAGCGCUGUAAGCCCUAACUGUCCAAUGAAUGACAGUAAUGGGAAGGGUAUAGAUGGCUUAAUGAAAAGACAUGACUUCUCAUUAGGAAAUGAUCCAUGGUUUGUUUGUUUUUUGUCCCAUUGGAAUGUCACUACUUCUGUUGUCUAUUCUCAUUGCCCUAAAAUGGUCAUAAUUAUUUGGGAUAUCCCCAAACCUCAAGUGAUAUGUAUGUUGUCAUUUUUUAAAAAAUAAUUGCCACUAUAUGUAUUAGGAGAGAGGUGUUGUGGCAUAUUAGUAUGCAGUUACUAAUGUAUUUCAGCUCUGAUUGUGGACUGUACAGGACCAUAUAUCAUACCAUUUACCACUGAUACCUGGUAUUUCUGUUUUAUCCUAGUAACUUGAAAUUUUUUAUGUCUCUUUUCUUUGUUACUGAAAUUCUAUUUUUUGUGAUUUAUGGCAUCUUAUUCAGUGGAUUAAGAACCAAAAGCUUGGAAUAAAAUUGAAACCUAAUUAGAUUAACUAGAUUUGAUUACUUCACUAUAAAUGUCAUUCACCUGUAGAUACUGGAAUAAAAUGAGUCAUUUUCUUGAGCUGUGUAUAACCCUUUGUUAUUGCCAGAUAAGCAUUCCAGAGUUUACUUGCAUUUAAACAAUUUUAUGUUCUACAGAAAUGAAAAAAUUUGUAGGAUUUAUCAAAUUGUUUCGUAGAGAUCAAAAAGGAGAAAACAGUAUGUACACUAUUUUGGGAACAGUUAAACAAUUGACAGAGUUUCUGUUCUUUUCUGCUGAUGAGUCAGGCUGCCUUUCUUCUGGCAUUUCCAUAGAUAAUAUGGAAUAAAUAAGUUCCCAAAGAAUCUGAAGCCAGGGUAGUAAUAGAGUAAUUAGCAAUUAAUAGAAAUAGUUGUUAGAACUUUCUCAUUAAGUCUUGAAUUCUAGUCUGGGCCAUCUUCAUUCACAGUGUACUUAUUAUUUCAGUUCAGAUUUGGUCAAUUAAGAAUGCAUGUCAUAUACACUCAGCUAACUGUAAUCUUGGAAAUCAAUAAAUGGAAACCCAGAGAAAUA